UGGAGAGGCGGAAGUGAUUCGUGAAGGCCGGUCUGUGAGACGUAAUGGCCGUUGCGGGCUGGUGCAGGUACUAAACUCUCCGACGUCUUCCUGGGUAAGAGGCCUCUCUCGUCUCUUUCUUAAAGGCGUGUUGAUCGAAAGAGCAAUUAUGUCAUCUUUUCAAGAGGCUUCAUCUUCAAAUACCCUCCAGACUUCAAAUUUUGCACAUGUUAUCUUUCAAAAUGUAGCAAAAAGUUAUCUUCCUAAUGUGUACCUUGAGUGCCAUUACACUCUGACACCCUAUAUACAUCCUCACCAAAAAGAUUGGGUUGGUAUUUUCAAGGUUGGCUGGAGUACUGCACGAGAUUAUUACACAUUUCUUUGGUCACCUAUGCCUGAAAAUUAUGUGGAAGGUUCAACAAUUAAUUGUGUAUUAUCUUUCCAAGGGUACUACCUCCCAAAUGAUGAUGGAGAAUUUUACCAAUUCUGUUAUGUGACACAUAAAGGAGAAAUACGUGGUGCAAGCACCCCUUUCCAAUUUCGAACAUCGUCUCCAGUUGAAGAAUUGUUAACAAUGGAAGAUGAAGGAAAUUCUGAUAUGUUGGUAGUGACUACAAAAUCUGGACUUCUUGAGUUCAAAAUUGAAAAAAUUCUGAAAGAAAAAGAAGAACUACUAAAAGUAACUGCAUCACUUGAAAAAGAAACUGUGCAACUUAGAGAUCAAGUUGAAAGACUAGAAAAAGAACUUGUGUAUGAGAAAGAAAGAUGUGAUAAGCUGGAAGCAGAGCAAAAGGAUGGUUUUGAAGCUGCAGAAACCCUUAAAGCUGAAAAUGAAAAACUCAAGAAAAAAUAUGAAGAAGCUACUUCCAAAGUUAUUCAGCUUGAAGAAGACAUCAUGAUUGUCACUCAGAAAGCUAUUAUAAAGGAAACAGAAUUAGAUAGUUUGAAAGAUAAACUCAAGAAAGUAGUCUUGGAAAAGGAACAGUUUGAAUGCCAGUUAAAAACAGAAAAGGAUGAAAAGGAACUUUACAAGAUACACUUGAAGAAUACAGAAGUUGAAAAUUGUAAAUUAGCAUCUGAAAUCCAGACACUUAAGAAUUUGGAUGGAAACAAAGAAAACCUUAUAGCAUAUUAUAAAGAAGAGAUUGGCAGGUUACAACUGUGUGUGACUGAAAAAGAAAAACUGAAGAAAGCUUUCCUGCUUACUUCAUCAAAUAAGGAAGAGUCAAGUUUUUUAAAAGAGCAGCUUCGGAAAGCUGAAGAUCAAAUUCAGGCAAGCAGGCAGGAAGUUAUUUUCAUGUCCAAAGAACUAAGUGAUGCAGUAAAUGUGCGUGAUAAAACAAUGGCAGAUCUUCAUACUGCUCGACUUGAAAAUGAAAACUUGAAAAAACAAUUGAAUGAUGCAGUAGCUGAACUAAAAAAAAUCUCUCCUGUGAACAAUGAACAGGGAACAUCAAAUGUUGCAGAGAGAGAACUACGCAGAGAAGUUGAAGAUUUAAAGCUCCGUCUACAGAUGGCUGCUGAUCAUUACAAGGAAAAGUUUAAAGAAUGCCAGAAGUUGCAAAAACAAGUCAAUAAAUAUAUUAACCAUAAAACUUCAGGGGAUCAACUGAAUUUGACAGAUGGCUCAAAAAAGGAAAUUUCUACGGUCGAAGCUGGUGAUAAAACAUUGCCCACAUCUCCAGUUAGCAUCAUUUCAUCUGAUACAGUUUUGGAGUUUUCAGAAAAGGAACAAGAUCAUGAAAAGAAUAAAGAAAUUUCUGACAGAACAGUGAAAUUUAUGAAAUGCAAGCCGAUGCUGUCAGAUGAGAAAUUGAAAUGUACAAUGUAUGCUGAUGAACUGGCCAAAUUGGAACUGAAAUGGAAGGAGCAAGUGAAAAUUAGUGAGAGUGUGAAGGAACAACUAGCUGUGGUGAAAGACCAGUAUCUAAUGCAGUUGGCUGAAAAAGACAAAAAAAUAGAUGAAUUGACAUCUCACCUAGGAGUUCACAACAAUGAGAAGAAACCUGGAAGGAGACCAGAAAAUCAAACAGAAAGGAUCAAGGAAGGACAGAUUUCUCAGCAGGCACUACAUUUUCUCAAUCCAGAUCUUAAUUCUGAAGAUAAUGGGCAGAUUCCUGCUACAUUACCUAGUAUACCACUUCUGCAUUAUGGAAAUCCCUACACAAGCCAGGAAACUAGAGGUGGAGCAGAUGAUGCUUUUUAUCCUGAUGACAUCCAGAGGCCACCCAUGAGAACAGCCUCUUGGGACCUUGAAGAUAAUGUGGUAUGCAGUCAGCCUGCUCGUAAUUUCAGUCGCCCUGAGGGUUUAGAAGAUCUUGAGGAUAAUAAC